GGAGGGGGAGGUGGUGAAGGAAGAGGAAAGAGGAGGAGGUGGUGAAGAGUUGGUGUGAGGAAGUCGGUGAAUGAGGUGCCGGUGGUGGUGCCCGUCCGGCAUGGCGGGGCACUUCCGCAGCUACGCGUGGGACCCGGUGCUGAUCGUGUCACAGAUGGCGCUCAUGCAGUGCGUAUUCUACGGAUUCCUGUGCCUCUGGCUGGCGCUCAUCGAUGUCUUGGUGCAGGCGAAUCGCACCCUUGACCAGAUCUUCAGCUACCAGGUGCUGGAGUUCUCGACGGCGCACGGGAGGGUUCCGCUCAUCGCCUUCGUGCUCAACGCGCUCACUUGCGCGCUGGGCCUGUGGCUGUUCGUGCGCCGCGGGAAGCAGUGCCUGGACUUCACGGUGACGACGCACUUCUUCCACAUGCUCGCGUGCUGGGCGUACAACGCCAGCUUCCCCAGCGCGCUCACCUGGUGGCUCGUCAACCUCGUGUGCGUGGCGCUCAUGGCCGUCAUCGGGGAGUACUUGUGCAUGCGCAGCGAGCUUAUGGCCAUCCCGGUCAGCAUUGGGCCCAAGGCCGACCUGUGAGAUGCUUCGGGCCACGCUGCGAGGUCGGGCGCCCUGCUCGGCCGUGGAUUCACGGAGAAAAUUCCUCGGAGCGUGGUGGGGUCCCGCCUCAUCUUAGAUGGACUCUCGCGAGAAGCGCUCGGUCUUGCGCCUAAGCGCGAGAGAGCUCUGCGUUGAUGUCAGCGCCCCCCCGCCGCUGUCGGUUUGGAAGGGUCUGGAAUACCCAGAGGUGUACGCAUGCGUGUUGUGAACGUCUAUCGGGUCUUACGUUGCCAACCGUGCUAAAUCGGAGGUGCGGGGGUAGGGCAACAAACUAAACACAAAAUCAGUUUUUGGGUUAUCGUCGACAAUGGAAGAAGUGAUUUCCAUCUUGUGUAUAUAGGUUUAUUUUGAAGCGGCGCUUUAAAAAUAAAAACGAAAACUAUAAAUGGACGUGAAAAUUGUCGCGUUUUUAUUUGCUUAGCUGGUGCUUGCGUGCGACGCGUUUAUUUGACUCUCCAACGAGCCACGGAGGAGCCCGAGUGGUGUUGCGGUGUCGCUGCUUGUGGAACGACACGAAGAAAAAAAGACCGAUGAAAAGCUCGGUCACAAUUCGUGUGGUCUCUUGCUGUCGCAUCGUCACCUGUAUGGGGGCCACUUAUUCACCCAUUCCGAGGCGUCUGCAAGUCGCAGGGUGUGUGGUGUGUCCCGUUAACCGCUGAAUCACGGAACACACAAGUGGCUCCGCGUAAAUUUUAUUCAGGUGAGCACGUAGUAGCGCUGCUACUACGUGCUCACCGCAGACAACUGAAGCGACACGACCGCCGCAGUCGACGACAGCCGACGCCAAACUGCCACACACCCUCCCGCAUGGCCUUGUGAGAGCCCUUGGUACCGAUAAAGUGAUUUAAAGUUUUUCUUCCGCAGUAGCCGAAGGUGAAACGACCCUCUGCAGGUCACCGUAUAUUCUGGUCACAGCCAUGUAAAAAGCUUGAUCCGCGACAGCUGCAAAGCCUCCCCUCCCCCCUUGUUUGUUGUAACUUUGACCCGCCACAACUGGCUUCAUCGCUCGUCGGAUUUCUCCAGGAUAAAUACAUUCUAAUUUCACCGACUUGCUAUCCAGGUGGGAGUAGACACACUCUGCCC